AUGAUAACAGGAUUGUACUGACCCCAUGGCCACAGCUAGACAAAUGUCAAACAACCUACACCAAUGCAAGCUAUAUUGAUGGCUAUAGCAACAGAACAAAGUUUAUAGCAUCACAAGGUCCAAUGAAGAAGACAUUAGUUGAUUUCUGGCGUCUUAUCUGGCAGGAGAAGCCAGUGUCUAUUGUAAUGGUAACCAACCUGAAGGAAGGAACUAAGAGUAAGUGUGAGCAGUACUGGCCUAAUACUAUUGCUGAAAAUUAUAAUUUUGGACCAUUCACUGUCACACUAACAAAUGAGCAGGUUUACCCUGACUUUGUUAUUCGUCAACUUAAUGUUAAAAUAUAUGAUGGAUCCAAUGAUAGUCAUACACUGACUCAGUAUCAUUUAACCUCAUGGCCUGAUCAUGGAGUACCUGAUUAUGCUACUCCAUUGAUGUCUCUUCACAAACAAGUCAUGGCUACUUGGUCUCCCUCUAAAGGUCCCAUCCUGGUCCACUGUAGUGCUGGUGUAGGUCGUACUGGUACAUUUAUUGCUAUAGACAUAGCUCUGGAACAAGCUAAGAGAGAGGGAGUAGUAGAUAUUGCUGGUAUUGUUAAUAGACUGAGACAACAGAGAAUGAAGAUGGUUCAGACACUAGAUCAGUAUGUGUUUCUUCAUGAUGCUGUACUGGAGACAGUGAUGUGUGGAGAUACAGAAAUACUAGCCAAUGAAUACGAAAUGAAACUUCAGGAAUUAAAGGAGAUUGAUUCAUCAACUGGUUGUUCUGCCCUACAGUCUCAGUUUGAUCUACUCUCUCAAGUGACUCCUGAUCCUGAUGAUGUUUUCUGUGAUUCUGCUAAAGCACAUUCAGAUAAAAAUCGAUCCACCAGUUACUUACCACGAGAAAACUUUCUUGUAACACUCAAGGAAAACAAUGGAUACAUCAAUGCAUCAUACCUAUCAGGUUAUAGGGAGAAGAAAGCAUUCAUUAUAGCUCAGAGUCCUAUGAAGAACACUGCCAGAGACUUCUGGAAGAUGAUAGUGGACUAUAAAGUGUCUGCUAUUGUUAUGCUCUGUGGACUGGAAGAGGAUGGAGAAGAGUCAUGCUAUCAGUAUUGGGCAGAUAGUGAGACCACUAACUUUGGAGAAUAUUUUGUGAAAUUGGAUUCAAGCAAGGAAUGCAAUGGAUACAUUGAACGAAAGUUUCAUAUUCAUUCAGACAAAGAUGAUAAUAGCUCUUCAUGGGAUCUGAUACAAUUACAAGUGACAGAUUGGCCUCAAGAUGGAGUUGUUAGGGAACCACGUACUGUCUUACAAGUUAUUGAUGAUGUUAUACACAGACAACAAAAGAUUGGAGGAGGACCAGUAGUGGUACACUGUAGUGAUACAGUGAGUCGUUCAGGAGUGUAUUGUUCAGUGAGUAUUGGUCUAGAACAGUGUAAGGCAGAAGGUGUAGUGGAUGUGUUUCAAGUGACUAAAGCUGUGAGAAGGAGUAAACCAGGAGCUGUGACUACACUGGUAUAUACUAGAUAUAUGAGUGGGUACUAG